AUGAAUACACAUGCAGUAAGUUUAGAUAUUAACCAGUACUGCGUAUCUGUGGAUAAAUCAGAAGGGAAAAUAAAGUGCAACUACUGUGGAAAAUUUGUGUCUGGCUUAGAACAUCUUAGAUCACAUUUAGCUGGUAUGUGGGAGGAACAUGUUACUCCUUGUGAUGAUGUUCCAUUAAAUGUAAUGCAAUUUUUCGAAAAAGAAUUACUAAAAAAGAGGUCACACUUAAGAAAAAAAGUCCGGAGUCUAGACCAUUCAAACAUUUCUUCUUGCAAGAGGAGCAAGUCUCACCACCAAUCAAAUGAUAUCGAGAUUGAAACCAUUAACAUUCAAGAUGCUGAUCCUAGUGAACAAAACCAAUCUCUAGCUUCUGUCAUAAGAAACACUUCUUUACUAACAACUUUAGAAUUCAACAAUAUUAUUAUGCCUAGUUCCUCAAUGAUGGGAGGAAAGUUCCUCCAGGAUGAAGUGAAGCAAAUGCAUGAAUAUGUGAACAAGAUCAGAGAUUCGUGGAUGAACACAGGUUGUAGUAUAUUGUUGGAUGGGUGGUUUGAUGAAAAUGGGAGAAACCUUGUAAACAUUCUAGUUGAAUGUCCACAAGGUCCGGUUUAUCUUCGUUCAGAUGAUAUUUCUGAUGAUAAUGCCUUGGAGAUCUGCAUUGACGAAGUUAUUGAAGAUAUUGGGGUAGAGAACGUCAUUCAAAUCAUCACAUACACUGGGUCGCCUAAUAUGAAAGUGGUUGGUGAGAAGUUGAUGGAAAAGUACCCAAACAUUUUUUGGACGGUGAGUGCAUCUCAUUGUAUAGAACUCAUGUUAGAGAAGAUGCAAAUGAUCAUUAUGAUAAACAAUGUUCUGAUCAAGGCUAGAACCAUCACAAAGUUCAUUUAUAAUUGUGCUGAAAUACUGAAGCUCAUGAGGACUCAUACUGGUGUUCAUAACUUGGUUAAGUCCUCGAGAAGUAAGUUUGCGGGAUGUUUUUUGACCUUAGAGAAUAUUUUAUCGGAAGAGGAGAAUUUGAAGAGAAUGUUCACGUCCUCAGAGUGGAUCACAUCAUCGUGGGCUUCUAGCACAGAGGGAAAAGAAGUGGCUGAUCUGGUGACUGAUCAAUCUUUUUGGGAGGAUGCAUGGAUUGUCACCACAGGAACUAUCCCUGUGGUGCGUGUCUUGGAGUUGAUUAACAAAAAGGAUAUAAUCACUGUUGGCACAAUAUAUGAAACAAUUGACCAAGUUAAAGAAAUGAUAAAGAAGGAAUUUCACGGAAGAAAAUUUGAAUACAUGCAGUUUUGGAGUAUUAUUGACGAGAUUUGGGACACCCUUCUUCAUAACCCUCUUCAUGCAGCGGGUUACUUUUUAAACCCCUGUUUAUUCUACUCCGCUGAUUUCUUUAAUGAUAUGGAAGUUUCAGGUGGUCUUCUAUGUUGUAUAGUUCGAAUGGAGAAGUCUGAGUUUGUCCAGGAUACCAUCUCUACGCAGCUUGAUGAAUAUCAAGAAUCCAAGGGUGGUUUUGGAGAAGGAAUCUCAUAUGACCGAAGAACAAAUAUUUUACCAAGUGAAUGGUGGUCUACUUAUGGAGGGGAAUGCCCUGAGUUGCAGAAAUUAGCUGUGCGGAUUCUGAGCCAAACAUGCAGUGGUGCUUCGAGAUAUCAAUUGAAGAGAACAUUGGCCGAGAAAAUGCUCAAGAAUGGACAGAAUUGCGAAGAUGAAAAGAGACUAACUGACUUGACAUUUGUGCAUUAUAAUCUUCAUCUAAAGAAUGUAAUUUCAAGUAUAGAUAGCAGCAAUGUUUUAGUGGAAGAAAUAGAUGUGCUAAAUGAUAAGUGGUUUGCUGAAACAGAAGAGUAUAAAAAGGACAUAUAG